AUGCAGAACGACCCUCUCCUCGUCGCAUGGGAAGAUAAACUUGAAGCUCCAGUCCGAGCCAUCAUCAAGAACUAUAACAUCGACAUCAUUGGAGUGGGUCCUCUCCGUCGAUCUUCGAGGAGGAGUGCUGAAAAGUACGAUACUGCACUGGUCACUGCUCGAAAGCAUGUCGUGACGAGUGACUCCUGGUUCAGAGCAUGCAAGGAAAUGUUACAGCUCUUUCGGUCUAAGGGGUUUAUGCAGCUUAACGUCGAGAUCAUCGAUACAAGAGCUAAUACCCAACUAAUAAGCUACCCUGUGUCUGUCUCUGACCCCUUCGUUGACUCUUGGCGUGUUUUGCGGCCUGUCAUACUCAGGAUUCUCGCCGAAUCCGAUUGGACUCUUCUGUGUGUUGUCCGUCGAAGAAAUGUGAAUCACUUUGAAGGACCUAUCACUGUCGCCAUUACCGUCACGGAAGAGUCUACCAACGAUUGGACCGCAGUAAGAGAUAGAAUCGUGGAGCUAUUGGACACUCGUGGUCACUAUAACGUCGCCGUUGAAAUAUGCCGUAGUAACAUCUGGCACGCGUCAUCUUUUGACAAUCAGGUCUUAAAUCGCGGCGACUGGGCUAUCAAAGCAAAACCUGGAGGAAGCCUUGGUCCUCGAGGAUCCACCACAUCUGCAUCAACAUUCGGCGGGUUUAUUGACCUACAGCACCCAAUCUCACAGGAAUGGAAAAGAUUUGGGAUGACAAACUUUCAUUGCGUUGUUGCAGGAUCUGAGUCUCACCCUUCAUAUGGACGAUGGGUCAAAGAAGGAAUCAAACCUGGAGAUAACAGCAACAACCUGCAGUUAGAUCAACCAGCCCUUCAAGACGACGAGUUCUCCCUCCAACACUACCGAAAAGAAAUCGAUGAAGUUCAACGUGAUGUUUCCGACAACCUACGUCAACGUAUUCUCUCUGGUGACCCGUCGGUUUCAAGAUCCCAAAAGACUAUAUACAAGCGUCAACAAGCUACGCUUAGUGAAAUCAGAGAGACUUUACGGAUUGCCACUUCCUUUGACCAACAGAAGCGUUAUCUUGGCUCCGUAUACGCUGCAUCUGGUUUCAAUGUUAACAAGCAGAAAAAACUCCUUGACUGGGCUUUAGUUGAUGUCGAUAAAUGCCGUCUCACAGUCAAUGAGAUCCCACCAGAUGGAACAGUUGACAGCAAAUAUCGCGUAUAUACCCCACCACAGCCCGUUAUGAUUGGCACAAACUCAGUGAACGAGGGUGAUCGUGUGUUUAAGGUCGGUCGGAGGACCGGUUUUACGGGGGGCACCGUAAAUGGCAUCAGGCUGGCUGACCUACAGGGAUGGGUCACAAAUGCUCAGGGCCAGCGAGAAUAUGUCCAGGGAACCGCGUCGGUGAUUCUUCCCUGGAAGUGUGACACCUUUGGUGAUCCAGGAGAAUCAGGAAGUUUUGUGAUGGACCACGAAGCGAAGUUCAUCGGUCUCCAUGUUGGUGGAGACCGUGAUAGAAACAUUGGCUUCGUCAUCGAGGCACAGGACCUCUUUGAAGACAUAAAAGAAGUCACAAAAUCUCGCGAUAUCCGGAUUUGA